AUGACACAAUGGCUGAGUCAGAGGAACCACUCAACCUGGUGUGGUCCUGGCACAUCAACAUCGUGUGCCACAAGUCCCCUUGAGUCCCCACGCCCGCAAACCCUACCCACGCCGACAGGCCCUAUCCACGCCCACAGGCCCCACCCACGCCCACAGACCCUACCCACGCCCACAGACCCUAUCCACGCCCACAGACCGUACCCACGCCCACAGACCCUACCCACGCCCACAGACCCUACCCACGCCCGCAAACCCUACCCACGCCCACAGACCCUAUCCACGCCCACAGGCCCCACCCAGUUCCUCGCUCGGUCAUAUCCUUCAGUAACCCACACGCUCUCUUGGUCCAAGCCAUCCCGCCCACUUUCACAACCUCCCAAUCCAGGCACUAACGCACGGACGUUCUCCAGCGUAGCCCCUACAGCGGGCCUUCCCUGCUUCCACGCCCUCGCCGCUCCGCCUUCAUGCUGCAGAGGCCUUCCUGUCGGCGUCACACCUCCUCUCCUUGACGAACCCCGAGGAGCCACACCAAGACAUGAUGCAAAGGCCUCCUUUUGGGAAGCCUUGUCAGCGCUCGAUUGGCAGUCCGUUUCCUUCCUGCCUUCGUGUGGCAUCAGGCAGAUAUCCUUCUCAAGCAGACUUCCUUCAUCGCACGUCCGCGCCUCCUCCGUGGCACCUGCAGCUGCCUCUCCCCUGGCAACCAGUGGCUUUCCCUUCGGACCCUCCCAGCCUUCUCUCUACACCUUCUACCAACCUCUAGCCUCCUUCCCCCCCGGCAGGCCCUGGCACCCUCCCGCAGGCCUGAUAAAGCCAUCUACUGGGCACCCGCCACGCAGGCCACCUCCACUUACCAUCUGCGACCCCCCAAGUUUUCCUGAAAAUGUCAUUACACUAGAUUUUGCCCUCGUUGACAGUAAAGAUAAUCAUGUUCCAAACUCUCCGCUCUAG